UCUUAUUAUAUUUAUCUAGUCCCAAGUCUAACCUGCUCUGCACAAUUUGCCUGCUCUGUUCACAGAAAAGGUCCCUUCGUUAACUAAUUCAACUCUCUCUCUCUGCUAAAAGAUUUGGUUAACAGAACAAACAUCAAACAAGUUAUAGUCGUUCACCAUCCCUCCCGUCUAGUCUCUAUCUAAUGCUUCUAAGCUCUUCUUCUUCUGCACUAUGAACUUUUAUCGUCAUCUCUGGGAAUCAUGAACCUUUCCUCCAAUAUCCUCCAUCGUUUCUGGUGUAAAGUUUCGUUAUUUCUUUUUCUUCUCCUUCCUUCUUCUGCUCUUAACACUGAUGGGGUUUCUUUACUUUCUUUCAAAUACUCCAUUCUCAGCGACCCUUUAUCAGUGUUAGAGAGCUGGAACUACAACGACGACAACCCAUGUUUGUGGAAUGGAGUUACCUGCGAUGAAAUCGAAGACCCAGGUACUAUGUUGAGAGUGACUUCCUUGGUUCUUCCUAACAGCCAGCUUCUGGGUUCGAUUUCAGAAGAACUAGGAAACAUCCCAUACCUUCGACGUCUUGAUUUGUCCAGAAAUCUCCUUAAUGGGUCUUUACCCAGUUCUAUCUUCAACUCUUCGGAGCUUCGAGUUCUUUCUCUAGCCAGCAAUGUCAUCUCUGGUGAGCUGCCUGACUUGGUUGGACAGCUGAAAAAUCUUCAAGUUCUUAACGUCUCCGACAAUGCUUUUGCUGGGUCGGUGCCGGAAAAUCUCACUGCUUUGAAAAAUCUGACCUUUGUUUCUUUGAGAAGCAACUACUUUUCUGGUCAAGUUCCAAGUGGGUUCAACUCUGUGCAAGUUCUAGAUCUAUCUUCGAACCUGCUUAAUGGUUCUUUACCAAAUAACAUUGGUGGGGAACGAUUGAGAUACUUGAGUCUAUCUUACAAUAAGAUUUCAGGAAUUAUUCCUCCUAAAUUUGCCACACUGAUUCCAGAAAACUCUACCAUCGAUCUUGCCUUCAACAAUCUGACAGGACCAAUACCAGAAUCUCUGGUCCUUCUGAACCAGAAAACAGAGUCUUUUGCUGGAAAUAGUGAUCUUUGCGGGAAGCCUCUGGAAAACCUAUGUUCUAUUCCUUCCACUCUGUCUAUUCCUCCAUUAAACACAACAACAACCACAUCUUCAGCACCUGCAAUUGCAGCCAUACCAAAAACAAUCGACACCAAUCCAGAAACAAACACAACAACGAACGGCUCAUCCAAUGGCCUAAAGCCGACCACAAUUGUAGCCAUUGUCCUCGGAGACUUGGUCGGUGUAGCCAUCAUAGCCACGGCCAUUUUCUUUGUCUACCAUCAAAGAAUCACAAAAGGUCAUGCCAAAGCUAAAGAAAACCCAUGUGCGAGAGUCAGAUCCCCUCCUAAGCUUCACUUUUACUGCUUGAGAACCAAAGAAGAUUCGGCUUCAUCAGAAACAACCGGGUCUGACAGCGACCAUGAGAGCACUACAUUCGACACGACAACCUCGAAUCUUCAGAAAGAUGUGGCUCUUGUGGCGCUAGAUGCAGAAACACAGCUGGAUUUGGAGACUCUGCUUCAGGCUUCAGCGUUUAUGUUGGGAACGACGAGGCGUGAGAAUAGAGUAUACAGAGCAGUGCUUGAGGACGGAAGGGCUUUUGCAGUGAGAAGGAUUGGAGAAUGUGGGGUUGAGAGAAAGAAGGAUUUUGAGAAUCAUAUGAAGAGUAUUGCUAAGAUUCGCCAUCCCAAUUUGGUCAAGGUUCGUGGUUUUUGCUGGGGAGAAGGUGAGAAGCUCGUGAUCUGUGAUUAUGUUCCCAAUGGCAGCCUCGCUAGCAGCUUCAGCCACAGAAGAGCGGGGUGUUCUUCAUUGAACUUGACGUUGGACGCGAGGUUGAAGAUAGCAAAAGGAAUUGCACAAGGCUUAGCUUUCAUUCACGAAAAGAAAUAUGUUCAUGGCAACAUCAAACCCAGCAACAUCUUAUUAAACUCGGCAAUGGAACCCAUAAUCAGCGAUUUUGGGCUCGACCGUCUGAGACCUUCCGGUUCAAUAUCCAACCGGGGAAGCCAACCGGAUCUCCGUUACACGGGUUCAUCAAGUGGGACUCACCAAAUUUUGCCAUAUCAAGCACCAGAAUCUCUUCAAGGCGUUCAAGUCCAACCCAAGCCCAAGUGGGACGUGUACUCGUUUGGGAUUGUGUUGUUGGAGCUUCUGAGCGGGAGGGUUUUGUCGGUCCGGGAGUUAGACCGGUGGCCCAAAGGAGGGUCAGAUGAAGAGGAAAAAAACAGGGUUUUGAGGAUGGUGGACGUGGGCAUCAGAAGUGAGGUGGAAAGGAAGGAGGAAGCCAUACUGUUGUGCUUCAAGUUAGGGUUUCGUUGUUCCUCUCUGAGACCUCAAAAGAGACCGUCCAUGAAAGAGGCUGUACAAAUCCUAGAGAAAAUCCUUUAUUAAUAUUGCCCCUUGUUAAUUCUUCACGACAAUGAUGCAUCGGGGAUCCUUUUUCGCGUUAGAUUUUCUUUUUGUAAUAUGAGAACGUAACCAACUUUUUUCCAAUAUGGAGUGCUUCAAGUGGUAUAGAUGAGUUUUAAAUAUAUGUGAACUUUUGCUACAAUCUUCUGAUUUAAUUUAAAAAAUUAGUUCGAAUUCAAGAUUUUUACUUUGUCUAAAAUUUAUAGGUACGUGUUUCUUUUUUUGUUUGUAACCUUCACAUUCACACAUAUAGGGGGCAGGUGAGAUUGGCACGAGUCAGAGCGUUCAUGGUUGUACCUGACCUGAUUGAGAGUGUUCAUGGUUUUACCUAUCCCGAUUGACUUUUGCCUAUCUUGGUCAUGUUGGGAUGUCUUGAA